AAACGCUAAAGUGUACUCUAAUUUACAGUGCCUCUAAGUUAUCUCGCCUUCUCACCACAAGCCACAUGCAUUCGUCCAGCUCCUCGUUUGGAUUUGAAGGGUCCUGUCUCUCACAUGUAGCAUCAGUGCAGGGAGACGGAUCACGGCAUUAUGUAUGGGGAUGACGGGAGCGAACAAUCUACGUUCGCAGGGACAUCAAACCUGUCGGAGUGAAAUAAACUCAAGCAGGUCAGCUGGGCACACGAUGCCGGUGAGCAUCAGGAAUGGUGGGAGGGAAGUAAGUUACUGAAUUUCCAGGAAACACCAGACGAUACAGCCACCUGCGUAAUAACCGGCGAUUCGUAUGCAGAACGAGCCAUUCAUCACCAUGCGGGGUCGCUGUCUUAGCUAGCGCUCGAAGGUUCAGUUCGUAUUUAAAGUGAUUCCAUGGAAGCGAUGAGAUCCUCGGGUCCUGCUCCACGACGGCCAGCAAGACAACGAGGAUAGCAAUGUGGACAAAGUGGACGACACUGAGUACGGCGUUCUGCUUGAUUCAAGGAGCUCGCGGCCUACCACAGACCGCGACGUCCCCGGCGAGUACGGGCGUACUGUCCAUCACAGUUUCAACAGCGGUAGCAAGUCCAACUGUCUCGUUGUCAAACUCGCUACCAUCGCAAGUACCUCUGCCACCAAAGCAGGCGUGGUGUCCGAGCGAGAUCUUCUGUGCUGGAGAGCUCCUUCAGACUGUGAACGUUGCAGGGCUGUACCCCGAUCCUAAAACAUUUGUCGACAAACCUACGGAGAAGCCUUCGCAGCAAGUGCUCUCUAACUUUCGCAAUGUCACCAAUUCCAGCAGUUUGAACGUGGGUUCUAUUGUGAACUUUGUAGACACCGACUUCCGCGGAGAGGGUUUGGAACUGGAGCCAGUCGCUUUGGCAAACUUCAAUGCACAGCCGACUUUCCUGAAUAAUGUGACCGACCCUCUCCUCAAGGGCUGGUCUCAAGUUGUCCAUGGUUAUUGGACGCAGCUCAUUCGUGCGACAAACCGCUCUGCUCUUUGCCCAACCGGAUCGAGCGGCGGACCUUGCGAGAGUUCUCUCAUACCUCUAAAUCAUACGUUCGUUGUGCCUGGUGGUCGCUUUAGAGAACAAUACUAUUGGGAUUCGUACUGGAUUGUCCUGGGGUUGCUCAAGUCUGAGCUAUUUGGAAUCGUGAAUGACACGCUCCAAAACUUUAUGGAUGAGUUGGAACACAUUGGUUUCAUUCCGAAUGGCGGCAGGGUCUAUUAUCUGAAUCGUUCACAGCCGCCUCUUUUCAUUUCCAUGCUUGCCGCAUAUGUGGAAGCUUCCAACGAUACCUCCAUUCUUAGUCGGGCUCUUCCUCUUGCUGAGAAAGAGCUCGCUUGGUGGGCAACGAACCGUUCUCUCGCCGUCACCAGCCCUUUCACAAAUGCCACUUAUACCGUGUAUCGUUAUGCUGUCAACAAUACUGCUCCCCGUCCCGAAUCUUAUUUGACAGAUUACCUAACGGCUAAUGAUCCAACACUUUCUACCCCUCUCAGCGACUCGGAACGAGCUGAUUUGUACGCUGAAUUGGCUUCCGGUGCUGAAACAGGUUGGGACUAUAGCUCUCGAUGGGAAAAGAAUCCUUUCGCUGGUGGAAGCAACGAUACCAACCCAGGACUGAGAACCCUAAAUAUUAGAGGAACCCUUCCCGUGGACUUGAACAGUAUUCUCUACAAGGCCCACCUUACACUUGCUGGAUUCUAUAACAAUCAAUCCCGUUCAGCCGUAGCUGCAAAUCACACUAGGGCAGCAAUAGCACUUCGCGAGGGUAUUCUAGAUCUUUUCUGGGACUCCCCAAAACGCGCGUUUUACGAUUUCAACUUGACGUCCAACGCAAGAGGAACGAUCCUUUCCGCUGCAAACUUUUACCCGUUGUGGAAUGGUAUUAUACCCGACGAGCUCUUGGCGGACGGAAGUGGCGCGACUGCAUUUGGUCUCUUCUCGACUCUGAACUUGGUUCUGAACCGCUACAAUGGCACAUACCCUGUUACCUUCCUAGAAACCGGGCUUCAAUGGGACGCACCAAACACUUGGCCGCCUCACCAAUUCAUCAUCCUUGAAGCUCUUCGUAAUCUGCCCUCCAACAUCACUUCUACACCUCUUCCCCCAGCUCCUUCAGGCAACUCCACCUAUACCUUGAUACCCAGUGGCCAACUUGGCAUUCCUGAAGACCAGUUACCCGGCCAACUCAUCAUUGGUAAUUCGAACGCGACGAAGACAGGCAGCGCGGCUGAUAUCAAUACUUUGAAUGGGACCGUGUUCAACGGUGGUAACGCUACCGAGGGUCAGGGUUGGGCUGCAGUGCUUCAGAGAGAAUUGGCGAAUAGGUACUUCGCGAGCGCCCUUUGCUCUUGGCACGCGACUGGAGGAGAAAUUCCCAAUUUGCUUCCUAGGCUCUCUCCAGAAGAGCUCAACGUGACCCUAAGUGUAAAUAACACCGGAAAUAUGUUUGAAAAGUUUUCCAUGUCCGAUAUCGACUCCGCAGGACGUGGAGGGGAGUACACUGUCCAAGCCGGUUUCGGAUGGACGAAUGGUGUCGUCCUUUGGAUCGCCAGUCUAUAUGGGGACCAGCUCGUCGCCCCUGUUUGCCCGAAUCUCACGGCCGAAGUGGUGACUACGUCUUCGUCAACAAACUCCAACGCUGCCGCAACCUUAGGUUUGCCUUCGGUACUCUCGCUCGUUGGUGUUGUUGUCGUCAGCGUUCUUGGGUUGUUUUUGUAGUUGGAGCGAUGGGUUUUGAUGACGCUGUUUCAUGCAAGGACAGCAUUUGCACGCAUUCCUGACGAUGUGAUGUUACGCUAUGAGAUACCUAUCUUGAUGUACAUAUACCCAAAUCCUGGUCAAUACUGUUGCAAUGCAUUAAGUGCUUACAAGCUGAGGUAUCGCCACCAUGCUUACUCCAAUGCUGAAACUUGCAUGCUGAUUUUAGUCUCAUGAAACGGAAUAGCAUGAUCAAGCGUCGAAUAGUCCCCUUUUAUCGCAACCCCAGGAAAGUCUUGUAAUGAUGUAUAUUGUGUACGCUGUAUCCUAAUGCCUAUACGGUAACCUAAUGCCCAUCUGGUGCUAUCGGC